AUGCAGGUGGAAAAUAAGAAGACGGCAAAGGAAGUAUGGGAUUGUCUCAAGACGAGGUUCGUCGGUGCAGACCAUGUAAAGAAUGCACGAUUGCAGACAUUGAAGAGUGAGUUUGAUAGGAUGCAUAUGAAUGACAGUGAGUCGCUCGAUCAAUAUGAUGGUCAACUCACAUCCAUAUCGAUCAAGUUUAUCAAUGUGGUAGCCGACAUCGAGCAAUUUUACAACCUCGAGAAGUUAACAUUCGAGGAAGCAAUUGGAAGGCUGAAGGCCUUCGAGGAGCGCACGCGCAAGAGAAGCACAAAUAUUGGAGAAAACGAAGGACAAGUGUUACUCACUCAAGAGGAGUGGAAGGCACGGUUGAAAAAGGACGAGGAAGACUCGAUGAAUCAGUGGAAAAAGGAUUCCACAGAUAGUGGGACCCGUGGUCAAGGAGGUAGAACCCGAGGUAAAGGCCUAGGGAGAGGAGGCCAAGGAGCACCAUCUCAGAAAGACAAAGAAGGUGGUUCAGGUGGUCGAAGAGCUCCUCGAGACAAGAGUCACAUUCGCUGUUUUAAUUGCAACGAGAUGGGACAUUACUCAACACAAUGUCGAGAAAAGAAGAACGAGGUAUCACACCUUACCCACACAGACAAUGUCGAACCAGCAUUGCUUAUGGCAAUCUUAGAGGAGAUUCCGCCAAUUAAUGUUGUCAUGCUGAAUGAAAUGAAGUUGACUCCAGAAAUUUUAGAAGCUAAGAACGACGAGACAUCAAGAGAUGCUUGGUUCUUAGACAACGACGCUAUCAAUUACAUGACUGACGAUAAAGAGAAGUUCUUUGAACUAGACAAGGUAGUCACCGAAAAUGUGAAAUUCGGAGAUGGUUCCACGAUACAAAUUUGUGGAAAAGGUUCCAUCAUGUUCAAAUGCAAAAAUGGCGACCAGUGGCUUCUCGAGGGAAUUUUUUCAUUCCUUCUUUAA